CUCGAAGAAGGGCUGUGUCAGUGGGGCUAUUGCGCAUCCCGUCGCCACUCAUGCGGGUGUUUUCGGUCCUCCCGCUGAUUUUCACCGCCUCCUAUGGGCAACCGUACAUCGGCGGGGAAGUGUACUGCGGCGAGACCAUCAUAACAUGGUGCUUUCCAGCGAAUUCUGAUUACGCGUGGCCGGCGGACCAGCCAAAACUGUCGUGGGGCAAUGGGUCAAGGAACUUGGCAACGCAGCUGACAGGACCAAGUUUCAAGUUGGACAACGGCUGCUGGUCCUUCAACACCACUGAGACCGAUGGCACCGACCAAGUCACGUGCAUCCAGCAGCCCAUCCCUAACCCGAACUACAACCCCUGCGAGGCAACGAUUGAGAUCUCAGAGGACUGGUACAACGUCACAAACACCGUUGGCAUCCAGCCCGGGGAUGUAGACAACCCACUGCCAGGCGACGUCACUCUACAGAACUUCUACUCGACGCAGAAAUGUGUCUACGCGAGGACAUACCAGAGGGGAGCCGAAAUUCAGACAUAUACGGCGCAAGACGUCACCUUGCAGGUAGGUAGGUCAGCCCAUCCAUCCACCAGCGUGUGUUGCACUCACGAUUGCGUGCAGGGGUACGGCGAGUUCAUUGUCGACUUCCUCGCCUGCGGCAAGCUCGACAACCCCGACCAACUGUGCAGCGACAGUGACAUGUAUGAUGGGGGAGCGGAACCCAAGCUCUCUCGCACCGGCAAGCUCUACUUCCGAUCGUGCAUCAAGGGUGUCGAGGGUGCAGACCUUCACCUGGCCUUGCGCCACUGCUCCUCGCACAACAGCGACCCCCGCGCUCCCCCAACCGCCACCAACACCACGCUUGUCACCGACUAUUGCGGCAGCAGGGUCUUCACUGACAGCAGCGGAAGAAAUCACGUGACAAAGACCUUCGUCGGCACAGCCCAGCCCCUUUCCCAGUGCGGCAUCCUUGAAGUCGGCUCCCAUCGGUAUGUGGAAUCGGACAUUCUCUAUGUAACGUGUGUCGUCACCGUGUGCACCGCCGCCAAGUGCAGCAACCUCAAAGACACAGCAGAGGACGGUGACACGUGCCGACAGGAUUGGUCAGCGCCGCCAAAUGCUGACCGAUUGAGACGGCUGUCCAACGGGGAGGCGGAGGAGGGGAUUGAUUUCACAGAGGUGCUUAUGCUGACGACUGGACGAGCGGAUGGUCCUGUGAUCGACGACAAGGUGAGAGAGACACACAUAUAUUAUCACUUUGCCUCGUACUCUCAUAUCUGUCCACCGGUGUCUUUGCAGUCUGAUGCUGUUGCUCUUGGUGGCGGCUUUGUGGUGUCCUCCCUUGCUGUGCUGGUCGGAUUGCUGGGAGGACAGCCGUAGCUGUGUGUGUGUGAUUUCGGGCGGGCAGUUGGACACUCAUCGAUCAAGUCAUAUGCUUUACUAUACAGACAUGCAUAGUGAGUAAGACAUACAUACGUAUACACACUGUGAACGUCUCUCAUUUCAACGAGUCCAUCG